UUUAUAACCACAGACAAUGAAUGAGAAGAACCAGACGUUGGUCAGUGAGAUUGUUCUCUUGGGAUUUCAGAAUCUCCACAACUUCAAGAUUCCCCUGUUCUCUCUGUUCCUUCUGAUUUACAUUUUGACAGUUUGGGAGAACGUCCUCAUCAUAGUGUUGGUAUCCUCCAGCCGGAACCUCCAGUCCCCCAUGUACUUCUUUCUCCAGCAGCUCUCACUGUCUGAUCUACUGGGGUGCACAAAUAUUGUACCCAUCCUGCUCCAAACUGUAGUGUACAAUGGAGCCAAAUUGACCUUUGUUGGUAGUAUGAUGCAACUAUAUAUAUUUUGUGCCAUGGUCAAUCUUGAGUGUUUCCUUCUAGCAGUAAUGUCCUAUGACAGAUAUGUGGCCAUCUGUAUCCCACUGCGUUACACUUCUAUAAUGUCCCACAGGGUUUGUGUUACAUUAAUAGCCCUCCUUUGGCUAUCUGCUCUCAGUAUUACACUUAUUUAUCAUAACAUAAUAUGGGCACUAGACUUCUGCGACCAAAAUACCAUUAACCAUUUCUUCGUUGAUUUAUUUCCUCUUUUAGAACUUUCCUGCUCAGACACUUUCUCACUGCAAAUAGAAGUAGUUAUAUUGUCUGUUCCUGUUGUUUUCAUUCCUUUUAUUCUCAUCAUUGUAUCAUAUAUGUGUAUUGCCCAUGCAAUCCUAAAGAUAGUGUCCAAUACCGGGAGACAAAAAGCCUUCUCCACCUGCAGCUCCCACUUGGCUGUGGUCUUCAUAUUUUAUGGGACUCUCAUUGCUAUUUAUGUGGUUCCCCCCAGAAACCAAUCACAGACCAUGAGCAAAGUUCUCUCACUAUUGUACACUAUAGUGAUCCCAUUGAUAAACCCAAUAAUUUACAGUUUGAAAAAUACAGAUAUAAAAGAAACCAUUAGAAAAACCAGAAUAUGUUUGAUAUAUUUUUCAUAUUUUAGAGAUUAA